UUGAGGCAGACGAAGAGCGUCAACGGAAAACUCAGGCGAAGAAGAAGAAUUUAACGGUUCCCGGUUGUGGAGCCGUCCCCGUUUCCACGGUGCCGACGCCUAACAAAUUUUUGGGGACUUGAAAGCAUCACCAGUAAAAUCGGCGAACUAUUUGUUUGACUCAACUCCCAGAGAUGUUUACCCAACGGGAAGCUUUGCGUUGACAGCUAGCCACGUCAAGGUCCGUCGGUGCAGCUUAAAGACCCACAACAAUGGAGGAGGGCUCUGAGGUGAUGGAGGACAUUGUGUUUCGAGGAGUGGAGUUUUCUGUUAAGAUCGAGUUGGACAAGGGUGUGUUGAUAGUGGAAAUCUCUGACUCGCUGACAGCGGAUCAGUGGAGAGGGGAAUUUGAUCCAGCGUAUAUCGAAGACCUAACUCGCAAAACUGGCAACUUCAAGCAGUUUCCGAUCUUCUGCAGCAUGUUGGAGUCGGCUGUUAGAAGUACGAGUGAUUCUGUAACCCUUGACCUCUUGACCUAUGCCGACCUGGAGCUGCUACGCAACAGAAAAGCCGGAGUGGUCAGCCGUCCCCGUAGCAACCAGCAGUCCACCGCCCUCACGGCCAAGAGAUAUCUCAUCCUCAUCUACACCGUGGAGUUUGACAGGAUCCACUACCCGCUACCGCUGCCAUAUGUGGGGAAGCCUGACCCGGCCGCCCUGCAGAAGGAGAUCCGAGCCCUGCGGGCCGAGCUCAGCGCUCACGCCUCACACAGAGUCAACCAACCUGCCGACCUGGAAGUCCAGAGGCUGCAGGCAGAGCUAGCUGCUGUGAAGGAGGAGAAGGACGCCCUGGCCAAAGCUCUGGAGCGGCUGCAGAUGAGCGAAGGCGCCUCCACGUCCGGCCGGGGGGACUGGAGGAUCGGGGACGUGGUGAGGACUCUGGAGGAGCAGCUGGUCAGAGAAAGGGCCAAAAGCCAGCGCUCCACCAGCAAAAAGACCCUGGAGCAGCGCCUCCUGGUGGAGCAGCUAGCGGAGUUGCGAGCCUCCGAGUGUGCUUUGCGUGUUCGAGUUAAGAGUCUCACCAACGAGCUGGCGCUGCUACGGAGAGGCCGGGUGACCCCCGUGUCCGGCGGCCACCUCGGCUCUCGGCUGGACGGCGAGGCCUACCGCUCCGUUUCCCGGGAGAGGAGGUCCGGCUACGGGGCGGCGAGGGCCCGGUCGGGCUCCAGGGAGCGGCCGGAGGACCGGGCGCUCCGGUCGGGGGAGCGGGGAAGGAGAGCGGACUCCUCAGGACCGCACGCCCGCAUACCCCGGCUCUCACCGUCGCCCACCGGGUCCCGGGUGACGCGCUUCGACCCCACGGCUUACAUCCAGGACAGGCAGCGCAGGCAGAAGGAGGCGGAGUUCAAAAAGCAGAGGAAGGUGCGAAGGGACAUGCUGGCGUCGCCCGUGGCCCCGGAGAGGGGCCGCUCCCGCUCCCGGGAGGCCUGUCCUCCGGGGGCCCGGGCCGGCAGCAGGGGCAGGAGCCUCUCUGUGGAGCGCCGGGGCAGCAGGAACUCCUCCGAGAGCUCGUUAGUGGAUAUGGAGGAGAUGUCCAAAAACCUGUUCAGAGGAAGGAAACAAGUUUUUAAUGGACCUACUGUGCCUAGAGGCAGCCAUCCGAGCAGAAAGCCCUACUGCAGCACACCAACACAGAGAGUUAGACACAAAGAGAGCUCUUUAGACACGGGCGCCGAGCUGUCAGAAAUCGACGCCAGACUGCAGGCUCUGCAGGAGUACAUGAGGGAUUUGGACACGGGACACUAACCGGCGGCCCACCUCACCUGGACGUUACCGGGCAGCUGCACGGCGCCCAGCUGUGGUCACCGACGGAAACAGGAACAAGCGGCGUGUUCGGAGUUUACGCCGAGACUCAGUCAGGAAACUACAGCAUCACUGUGAAGGUCACUGGACUAGUUUUUGUGGACCAUCUUUUUUUUUUUUUUUUUUAGUAACUUAAAUAUAACAUGUUGGACUUUUUUUUUUUUUUUUU